AUGCCGAUUCGUUUGCCAACCUCAACUCUCCGGGCCGCCAGCCAGGCCGUCCGAGGUGCUCGUUCUACCAGCGCUGUCGGAGGCAUCACCUUUGCUCGUGGCAAAGCCACUCUACCCGAUCUAUCCUAUGACUAUGGCGCCCUUGAGCCCUACAUCAGCGGCAAGAUCAUGGAGUUGCACCACAAGAACCACCACCAGACCUAUGUCAACGGUCUCAAUAGCGCGCUCGAGACCAUUGAGGAGGCCAAGUCCAAGGGCAACGAGGCGGCUGCCGCUUCAGUCGCACCCCUGCUGAACUUUCACGGUGGCGGUCACAUCAACCACACUCUCUUCUGGGAGAACCUAGCUCCUGCCAACCAGGGUGGCGGUGGUGAGCCUGAGGGUGCGUUGAAGAAGAGUAUCGAAGAAGACUUUGGAGGCUUUGAUACUCUGAGGAAGCAGGUCAAUACGGCGCUGGCAGGAAUUCAGGGAAGCGGUUGGGCCUGGUUGGUCAAGGACAAGAGUGCUGGCACUUUGCAGGUUGUCACCCGCGCCAACCAGGACCCCGUCACGGGCAACUACGUUCCCUUGCUCGGCAUUGAUGCCUGGGAGCACGCCUACUACCUCCAGUACCAGAACCGCAAGGCCGAAUACUUUGACGCCAUUUGGAAUGUUAUCAACUGGAAGACUGUCGCCAACAGAUUGGAGAAGGCCUAG